AUGCUCCAGGAAAGUUGUGAAGAAAAAUACCAAGAGAAACUAAUUGUAGAUUUGCUGCACCUUUUUAAAGAGGACAUAGACCAGACAAAUCCUGUUCAAGUGACAAUUAUAAGAAAUCUUGUUGGAAAACUAAGAAGAGGUGUAAACCAUCACUUUGUUCCAUUGAUGAAAACCAUUGGAAAGAUGCACAAAAUCCGCCUUGGGGAAACCAACUAUGAUCUUAUGAAGGUAUGCCUCAAACAUGGCGAGUUAAUCUUAGUACCUAGCACAUUUACAGUGAAUAUUUAUGACCUGUUAUGAAGAAGGUAAGAAAUAUAACAUAAGAUGUCACACCUUUUAUGUUUUUUAGGACUUGUUUGGUCUCCCAUCAAGCACAUCAUGUGAUGACUUCAAAACUCACCGGAAAUUACAGGCAGGGUACAAUCCUGAGGUAAUUGAUGAAGCAGUUGAGCUGUACAAGGAUGGACCAGUUAUUGAUGCCAGUGACGAGGCCAGAGCAUUAAGGUUUGUUCAUACAUUGUAUUGAUAAAGGAGGAAAACAACUAAGAAAAUAACAAAAAGUGACUCCUGUUAAGUACAACAUUACAUUUCGCUGCUUAACUUUCUGAUAAACAAGAUAAGAAAAGAACACUUCAGAAUGUGAAGAAGUCAUUUGAUAGCAAAGUUAGAUGUCAGUUUGUCUUGUCGGUCUGUCUGACUGUAAUUUUGCAAUAAUAAACCUACAAAUAUCAAUGGUGACAAUCAUUGAAAUUAUUAAAAACUGUCUUUUUUUUCAAAAUCAGGUAUCUACAGGCAAUGAAAACUGAACAAGAUGAAAUUGUUCUGGUGGGAAAAAGCUUCAGCCCAGACAUUGAAAAGUGGGAAGAGGAAAAAGUUCAUAUACCAAAAAAAAAUGAAUCAGAAGGUGUGUUGAAAUCAUACUGCUAUUACUAAUGUUUAUUUUCCCCAAUAUGACAUGGAGGUUUUGCAUUAAUUGGCUAAUUAAAAAUCAUGGCCGAAUGGGCUAUUGACUCAGAGCCCACGAGGAUGAGAGGAAUAAGGAGGGGGUGGGUUAAAAGUCGCGGAUCAUCCCCAAAUUUAAAAUUAAAUUAUCCCCCCCCUUGAAGUUUCUGAAAUGUUUAAACUAAACGACAUAAAGUAAUAUUGGUAAUUUAUAACUGGUUAGGGUGAUCUGAGCAAUGACCAGGAAUCAUGUCCAGCAUAUUAUUUCUUAUGUUUAACAGCUUCCAUACAUAAUUCAUACAACUUUGUUUUAUUAAAACUUGAUUGUUCUUUUAAGGGGACAAGGACGAUUUUUCAGCAUUGAGGAGACUGGUAUCGAAGGUGAUAGAUGACGAUGGCCUAGCAUCAAAGGUGUCCAUUCAUAACUUCAGCUCCCUUGGUUGCUCAACACGUCACCCCCUUAUUUAUAUGAUGUGGCCUACUCCAAAUAAGGGCUAUGGUGGUCGUCACCUACUUAAGAUUUGGGAGAAAGUACGGGAAGAUUGCGCCACCAGAGAAAAACCCUUGAAGCUAGUGGGGCAUUCAACAGACUCAGCAGGAUUUUCCCUUUCGGCAUUGGUCACUCUUAUGACACCAACAGAAGCUACUGUAAAAGAAGGAAUUAUGUACUUGGGCCUCUGUAUUCCUGAUGAGAGGUUUGUGGCUCCUUACUUUUGGUCUCUCCCCAGUAUUGCAUACUCAGACUUUGACCACCUGAGAAGAACACUUUUACGAAAUCUGAAAUAUGACACACGUGACCUGACAAUGUAUAAGGAUGGCAAUGGCACUAUGGUGGCCACCAUCAAUCACCUACAUGAACUUAUGGAAAUAUGUCUACAACAAGGAGAAGCAGUACCGUUCCUGGCUCAAGAUCUAGUGCUGAUCAACUUUUUUGAUCAA